AUGCACGUGCAACAAGAACCUGCUCACAAGCGUGCAAAGAUGGCCUCGUCCACUCUCAACAUUCCCUUUGAGUCGAUGCUCCCAUCGCCCGCGCCGCUCCGUGUGCUCAUCCUCGGCUCCGGUGGACGUGAACAUGCGAUUGCCAACCACUUUCUCCGUUCGCCUCGCGUAGAGCACGUCUUCUGCGCUCCCGGUAACGGCGGUACCGCCAGCCUCGGUCCUAAAUGCACCAACAUCGACUCGCCCAAGGCUUCCGGCGAUUUCAGCCAAAUCACGGCUUGGGCUGUUCAAAAUGACAUCAACCUCUGCUUCCCCGGUCCAGAACAGCCGCUCGUCGAUGGCGUCGAGCUUGCCUUUCGCAAAGUCGGCAUCCCCGUCUUCGGCCCCUCGCCCGUUGCCGCUCAGAUGGAAGGCUCCAAGACCUUUGCCAAGGCUUUCAUGCACAAAUACAACAUUCCCACCGCUGCCUUCCAGUCGUUCGAUGCCACUCAGGUGCAAGAGUGUCUCGCCUACAUCCAAGAGCUUGGCGGUGCCCAGCACGUCGUUCUUAAGGCGUCCGGUCUGGCUGCUGGCAAGGGUGUUCUUCUCCCGGAGUCCGACCAAGAGGCCCGUGUAGGUGUCGAGGAUAUUCUCGUCAACAAGGUCUUUGGCGAUGCUGGCUCAUCGCUCUUGAUCGAGCAGAGGCUUGUCGGUCCCGAGCUCUCGGUGCUCGCUUUCUCCGACGGAUACACCAUCACUGCUCUCCCCGGCUGCCAGGACCACAAGCGCAUCGGCGAAGGCGACACUGGCCCCAACACAGGAGGUAUGGGAGCCUACACCCCCGCACCCGAAGGUCUCGUCGACGACCUCCCCGCUCGUAUCCGCAAAGAGGUGCUCGUCCCCACCAUCGAUGGUAUGCGUGCCGAAGGCUACCCCUUUGUCGGCAUGCUCUUUGUCGGUCUCAUGCUCACCGCCGACGGUCCCAAGGUGCUCGAAUACAACGUCCGCUUCGGCGACCCCGAAACCGAGGCCGUGCUCGAAUUGCUCGAUGAGUCUCAGACCAGCCUUGCUGAUAUUGUGCUGGCCUGCGUCCAACGUCGACUCGACUCGGUUAAGCCCGUUGUACGCAACCAGCACGCCGUCAGCAUCGUUCUCGCCAGCCAGGGCUACCCUGGCAAGUACCCUACCGGCGUCCCCAUCACCAUUGGUCCGGUUCCCCAGAACGUCACCGUCUACCACGCCGGUACCAAGAUUGAUGCUACUGGAACGCUUGUCACUGCUGGUGGCCGUGUCAUUGCCGUCUCAGCAUUUGGCAACACGCUCCAAGAGGCCGUCGAACUCGCCUACAAAGGUGUCGACGCUGUUCAGUUUGAGGGUAAGACUUUCCGUCGCGACAUUGCUCACCGUGCGCUUAAGCCUGCGGCUGGCAAAUCGACGGGUGUCGGUCUCACUUACGCCGCCGCUGGUGUUGACAUCGAUGCCGGAAACUCGCUCGUCGAGGCCAUCAAGCCUCUGGCCAAGUCGACGCGUCGACCCGGUUGCGAUGCCUCGCUCGGCGGCUUUGGUGGUACCUUUGACCUCAAGGCCAUCGGCAUGCGAGACCCAGUGCUGGUCUCUGGUACUGACGGUGUCGGAACAAAGCUUCGCGUUGCGCUCGACAUGGGCAAACACGAUACCGUCGGUAUCGACCUGGUUGCCAUGUCGGUCAAUGACCUUCUCGUGCAGGGUGCAGCCCCCCUCUACUUUCUCGACUACUUUGCGUGCUCCAAGCUGAGCGUCCCUGUGGCCACUUCAGUCAUCUCGGGUAUUGCUGAGGGUUGCCGACAGGCCAAGUGUGGUCUCAUUGGAGGCGAGACUGCCGAGAUGCCAGGCAUGUACGACGGUGACGACUACGACCUUGCUGGUUUUGCCGUUGGUGCCGUCGAGCGUGAGGCACUUUUGCCACUGCUCGACCAGCUCAAGGCUGGCGAUGUGCUCGUAGGUCUCCAUAGCUCCGGUGUCCACUCGAACGGCUUCUCGCUCGUUCGCAAGAUUCUCGCCCGGUCCGGUCUUUCGCUGUCCGCGCCUUGCCCCUGGUCGGCAGAGAAGGACGGCUCUGUGCCUGCUGCCACCCUCGGCGAUGCGCUCAUCGCGCCCACACGAAUCUACGUUGAGGCGCUUACGCCGCUGUUUGCCGAGCCACACGGCCUGCUGGCCCUGUCGCACAUCACCGGUGGUGGAUUCACAGAAAAUAUUCCGCGAAUCCUCUCGCCCGGAAAGGGUGUUGAGAUCGACCUUGCAUCAUGGCAGAGGCCCGCGCUUUUCGACUGGUUGCAAGCUACAGGCAACGUCGAGCCGGAAGAAAUGGCCAGGACAUUUAACAACGGCAUCGGCAUGGUGCUCAUCGUCCAAGAGGCGCAAAAGGAGAGGAUCUUGAGUCUGCUCAGCCAGGCGGGCGAGCGCCCCGUCGUCAUGGGCCGUGUGAUUGACGGUGAGGGUGUCCACUACAUCAACUUGCAAAGCUGGUCGCUCUGA